AUGCCAUACAAGAAUCUCGGUCCGAUCUCUAAUCACUCACAAUACUCGAGGGAAAAGGAUUAUUGCCAAAAAAUUAAACUUUUAAAGGAAUUCCCCGAUAAAUUAUUCGCCUACAAUUGCUCUCCCUCAUUUAACUGGAGACAGCAUUUGAGACCUUCGGACAUGGAAAAAUUCCAACGUGAACUUGGAGCUAUGGGAUUUAAAUAUCAAUUUAUAACUCUUGCUGGCUUCCACACCAACAAUUUUAGCGUUUUCGAUUUGGCUAGAAAUUAUAAAGAACGCGGUAUGGCUGCAUAUUCGGAAUUACAGGAAAAAGAAUUUGCUGCAGAAAAAUUCGGUUACACGGCGGUUAAACAUCAACGAGAAGUAGGCACAGGAUAUUUUGAUUAUGUUGCUCAAGCUGCUGCAGGAGGUAUUUCUUCGACGACUGCACUUAAGGGGAGCACUGAGGAGGCUCAAUUUCAUACGGCUACUGCUUCUGCCGAUGAGGAUGAAAUUGUGACGAUCACCGCCCCUGAAAAUGCUGGAGACGAGACUAUACUCACUCCCGAUGCCCUCCGUUUCCUUCGCGAACUUCACCAAAAAUUCGAGCCUCGACGCCAUUCUCUCCUAGCUCAACGCAAAAUUCUUCAAUACAGACUCGAUCAAGGAGAUUAUUUCCCCGAUUUCGAUUCAACUACAAAAAAUAUUCGUGACGAUUUGGGGUGGAGUGGUGCUGAAAUUCCGGAGGAUUUGCUUGAUCGUCGUGUAGAAAUUACAGGGCCAACAGACAGAAAAAUGGUUAUCAAUGCUUUGAAUUCUGGAGCUAAAGUAUUUAUGGCUGAUUUUGAAGAUGCAAAUUCACCAACUUGGAGGAACCAAAUUGAAGGACAAAUUAAUUUACACGAAGCAAUCCGUGGCCGAAUCCAUUAUGUUAACCCUAUCACCAAACAAGAAUACUCCCUCAAGAAAAAUACAGCAGUUUUGAAAGUUCGCCCUCGUGGUUGGCACCUUCCGGAAAAACAUGUUCUUAUUAAUGACAAGCCAAUGUCUGCCUCUCUUUUCGACUUUGGUCUUUAUCUUUUCCAUAAUGCAAAAGCUUUGCAAGAGAAGGGAAGCGGCCCGUAUUUUUAUUUGCCUAAACUCCAGAAUGCACAAGAAGCCCAACUUUGGGCCGAUGUUUUUGCCUUUUCUGAGGAAAGACUGGGAUUGCCUAAAUCUACAAUUAAGUGCACUAUGGACGAAAUUGUUCAUGCUUUGAAAGAUUAUGUUGUUGGUAUUAAUUGUGGCCGUUGGGAUUAUAUCUUCUCAUAUAUUAAAGUUUUUCGAAAUCAUCGAAAAUUUUUAUUGCCAGAUCGUUUCUUAGUUGGAAUGACUUCCGAUUUUCUCCGUGCUUAUUCCCUCCUUUCAAUUAAAGUUGCCCAUCAAAGAAAAAUUUUUGCAAUGGGAGGAAUGGCCGCGCAAAUUCCUAUUAAACAUGACCAGACAGCUAAUGAGGAAGCAUUAAAAGCUGUUAGAAAGGACAAAGAAAGGGAGGCUUCUGAUGGACAUGACGGUACCUGGGUCGCUCAUCCCGGACUUGUGCCUGUAGCCCAAGCUGUAUUUGAUGCCCACAUGAAGGAUGGACAUAAUCAAAUACUUAAACAACUUCCCGAUUUUUUCACUGACAAUCAACGAUUGACUUCGCCUCCGGAAGGAGUAAGAACUGAAGCUGGAUUCCGACGAAAUAUUUCUAUUACUUUGGGCUAUUUGGAUAGCUGGCUACGUGGUACAGGCUGUGUUCCAUUAUACAAUUUAAUGGAGGAUGCAGCUACAGCUGAAAUUAGUCGUGCACAGCUUUGGCAAUGGCUUCGUCAUGAAGCGCGUUUGGAAGAUGGCCGUACUGUUGAUCCUCAACUUGUUAAAAUGACCAUAGCAUCGGAGACUGAGCGUCGUUUAGUACGUGCCGGUUCUGUUGUAAAUAGAAUUCCUGAGGCCUCUGAACUUUUGGAAAAAUUUGUUUUGGAGCCUGAAUUGAGCGAUUUUCUUACUUUGGAUGCUUAUGAUAAGCUUGUCUCGGAGGGAAAAUAA